AUGGCGGAACCUCGCAACUGUAGCGAGUGUAACGACUCACUUUACGGGCAGCAGUUCAUUCUGAAGGAAGAACUUCCACACUGCAUUAAAUGCUAUGAGACGCUGUACUGUGACAACUGCAUCGCGUGCAAGCAGCUCAUUGGCUGCGCAAGCAAGGAUGUGUUGUUCAAAAACCAACACUGGCACGGCAAAUGCUUCCUAUGCACCCGGUGCAACCAAUCUCUGGUGGAUCAGCCUUUUGCCACCAGGGAUGACUUGCUGCUGUGCUCAGCAUGCUACUGCGAUGAGUUCUCAGCAAAGUGCCAUGCAUGCCUGAGGGUUAUAACGCCAGGUUCUAAGAAGAUGGAGCACAAAGGCUUCAGUUGGCAUGAGAACUGCUUUACUUGCAAACUCUGCCAGGAGACCAUUGGGACCAGGAGCUUUGUCCAGAAGGAAGCCAACAACUACUGUCUGAUCUGUUAUGAGAAGACCUUUGCUCUGCAGUGCUUUCAUUGUAUGAAGCCGAUCAUCAGUGGAGGGGUCAACUACCGUGACCAACCCUGGCAUAAAGAAUGCUUUGUUUGCAGCAAAUGCAAACAGCAACUAGCUGGUCGACGUUUCACAUCCCGAGACGAUCUUGCCUACUGCUUCGACUGUUUCUGCAACCUGUUUUCCAAAAAGUGCGCCUACUGCACCACUCCUAUCAAUGGUCUCGGAGGCAGCAAGUACAUCUCGUUCAAUGAGGUCCAAUGGCACAAGGAGUGCUUCAACUGCAAAAAGUGCUGCGUGUCCCUGGUUGGUCGAGGGUUCCUGACAUGCAAUAAUGACAUCUUCUGCCCAGACUGCGGCAAAGGCAUCUGA